AGCCUCUGAUUGGCUCGCCAUUGUUAGAAGAUAAGUUUUUCUUUCUUUCAAUGGGAAGAGAACGUAAAUUCCAAUUUCACGCAGAUACAAGCAGUUUGCCGGAUCAUGGAUAAAGGUGACAGACAGAUAAAUCCGAAACCCUUGAUUCCGCAACCUCCGAGUGAUAACCACUCAAAUUACAAAAUACCUCAACCUGUUGCAAAGACGAGGAAGAAUAAGGAACGUAAUGAGAACAAUAUUAUUGAUUACAAAAAUAUUUUGCUCACUAUGACAGGAGAAAUAAGCUCUAGUUUUAUACACAGAAACAGUUUGACGCAGAAGCAGCCUACCAUCACCUUUGUAGAGGACACGGAGGACGACGAUGAACAGUUCAUCGCGAAUAUGCAAACGAUUAUUGACAAAAAUUAUAAAACGCAGGACAAGGAAAAUCUUAGCAUAAGGGAUUUGCAAAGCAAAUCGUACUUGUCGAGGAAGAAGAAGUGUCCGUUCAGCGACGAGGAUCAGAAUCUGAUGAAACGAUUUAAAAAAUCGGCGGACGAGAGCGAAGCUUCGCGCGUGGCUGCACAGACGUUUUGUCAGCCUAAGUACGUUGUUUCUGUGUGCAAUUCCGAUUGUUCGACACCCUCUACUCCACAGAUCGUUAAACGUAACGCCAACGGUGAAAUCUUUAGAGGUAACACAAUUCAAAAGUACGUUUCCGUUGACAAUCCCGGUUGCUCGACAUCGUCCACUCCGCAGAUCGUUGAACAUGGCGAUACGACUUUUAGUGGCGAUGCAGUGAACUGUCCUCGCGCAGCUUCGACUCCUGUGCAGAAGACUAAGAGCUCGUGGUUAUUAUCGGAAGACGCAAGAGUUGUUACCGGAAUGGAGAUUGAAGAAAUAAUUUGCGCGCAACACCCGCUUCUCAAAAGAGACAGUUUGUAAUUUAUAAAAUGACUCCCCUCCAGUGAGAAAUGAUUCGUCGAAACGAUGCCGAGUGAGUGCUUUCCAGCAAGAGACAGACUGAUGCAGUGCAACGCAGAGAAUCAUUUCAUCCUCCCAGAUAGCAGAGGACACUCCUAUGAACAUUUGAAGAAUAUUCUUCAAGAAUAUUUGGAGUAUUCCAUAGGUCAUUCUUAUACAUUUGUCUUAUGUUCGUAGAAUAUUCGGCUGGCACUACUUUCAACCUUUUUCGAAUGUGAAUAGAAUGGUCUAUCGAAUAUAGCGUGUUGGUUAUAUGUGGUAUGGCCACAGGUUUCACUGUCUUUUGCGCAAGAAAAAUGUAUUGCACAAUAAACAAUGUGCAAUACGUAAACUCGAUGAAUAAUCAAAAAUUAUUCCGAACGAAUAUUCCAAAGACAUUCUCGACGAAUAUUUUAAAAACGUUUUCUCCAUACAGCACGCACGUUGUUUGAGUUCUUUGUUAUGAAUAUAUGAUUUCUAAUUGUAAUAUUCGUAGAACUAUGUGUGCCAUCUGGACUUGUUUACAACAAAGAUAAAACGAUUCACUGUGUUACACAGUGUCGUCUGUGUACGUUGCUGGUAAGCACCCACUGUUAAAUUUGACACCAAUUUGAUGGUAUCGAUGUCGACUCGGCAUCGAUUGACGAGUCAUUUCCCGUCCUUGUAGUUUAUAAAAUAUGCUUCCUAGGGAAAAAAUU